AUGAUCAAUGGAAGAAUCUCCCAGCCAUCACCUGAUUCCCCUCUCUAUGACCACUGGGUGAGAUACAACAACAUGGUGUUUGCAUGGUUAAGCAAUUCUUUGUCUAAAGAUAUUGCUGAUAGUGUCCUACAUUGUGACACUGCAAGAGAGAUUUGGAGAGAUAUAGAGGAAAGGUAUGGGCAGUCUAAUGCCAGUAGGUACUAUCAAAUUCAAAGAGAGGUUGCUGGUGUCUCUCAAGGAUCUUUUGAUAUUCCUAGUUACUACACCAAACUUAGGAAGCUGUGGGAUGAGUUGAAAACUGCCUCUUUUGGUCCAUCUUGCACAUGGGGCUAA